AUGUUAAUUUAGAAUUAUGGCUUUUUUAAUGAUUAGGUAAAUUUUUAAUCAAAUUAUUCAAAGAUUCCAUAAGUUCCUUCUCUAAUUUUUGAAAACUUAAAAAAAUUUAUAGAUUUGCUAAAAUUUGCAAUUUAACUCAAAUCUUAUUACAAUUCUGUUAUAAUAUAGAACCUUUAAAUAGUUAAGAUAGAACAAAAAAAAGGUUUUGCCAAAUUGAUUUUUGCAUCAAAGAAAUUUGAUUAAAAUUUAAAGGAAAUAUCUGUUAUUUAUUUAAGGGAACAAAGGCUUAUUAAAACAUAUGCUUUAGGUUUAAUGUUCCAGUUUUUAUAAUAUUUACGAAAGAUAGAAUAUUUUAAUUUAUUUAAAAAUUUAAUUUGUUAGAGUAUUUCCUUGAAUGAAGAAAUAAGAAUGCUUUAUAUAAGUAGAUUUUAUUACAUAACACAUUAUUUAAAUAAUAAAUAAUUCUAUUUAAUUCUAAUACUAACAGUAAUUGAUUCUUCAUUCAUUCAGACCCAAAAAGGGAGAAAUUAUACGUUUUCUUAGUAAAAUGCUUUCGGGAGGUGCAGCUGGUGGAACAAAUUUGCUACUGAUUUAUCCACUUUCAUUUGCAAGCAGUAAAUUAGCUAUAGAUAAUUAAAAAAAGGUGAACCGGUAAUUCAAUAGUUUGAAAGAUUGUGUGAGGAAGAUACAUAAGUCGGAUAGCUUGAAGGGAUUAUAUAGAAGAUUGAGAAUUUCAGCUUUGGAAUCAUAUUAUUUAGAAGUGUCUCCUUUGACUGUUAUGACACAGCGAAGGGAACUAUCUUCAAAAAUUCGUUGAUGAGCAAUGUUGGUGCAUAAUUCAUUGUUGCUACUUCAUACAUAGUACUUCUAGUAUCAUGUCACCUACAUUUGAUAUAAUCAGAAGAAGAAUGAUGAUGCAAUAAAGUAUUCCUUGAAAUUACUAGGAAGCUCUUAAAUUCAUUAUAAAAAUGAUUUAGAUUGCACAGUCUCGAUUCUUAAUAGGGAAGGAUUAAAAUGCUUUUUUAAAGGAGCUAUCUCAUAAUCCUUUUUUGGAAGCAGAUCUGCUCUGUCUUUGGUUCUUUAUGAUGAAAUUAAACAAUUUUUAAGUCCAAGUUCGAAAAAUCAAAGAAGGGUAUGAUAGGGAUUGA